UUUCCCCCUGAUAAGUCAAACGGCUUCCAGCCUCUUCGGACUGUAACGUAUCGCACAAUAUCCAUAAGCCAGGACGAACCCGCGUACCCCACCGAGGACAUCUCCGUCAUGCGGGAGACAACCAAGAGACUUUUUUCAAAACUUCAGGAAGCGGAGAAGAGGCAUCAGUCGGACCGCGCGGCCUACGAGACGUCCAUCUCGCACUACCGGAGGGAGGCGGAACACUCCGGCAUCGCUCUCCGGAAGGCCGAAACGGAGCUGGAAAUGAAGGACCUUAAAUUGGAAGAAUUGCAGCGACUCCUCUCUGGCAUGGAGAAGGAGCACCAGAUCCUCCUGCAGAAAGUUCGAGAGGGCGAACUGCACCUGGAGGUCCUACGGAGCUCAGAGCAGGACAAGGUUGCCGAGCAGGAACGGUCGACCAAACUGGAGAAGGAGGUGGCCACUCUGCGGGAGAAGAUCCACCACCUGGACGACAUGCUCAAGAGCCAGCAGCGCAAAGUCCGGCAGAUGAUCGAGCAGCUGCAGAACUCAAAGACGGUCAUCCAGUCCAAGGACGCCGUCAUUCACGAGCUCAAGGAGCGGGUGGCCUACCUGGAGGCCGAGAACCUGGAAAUGCACGACCGCAUGGAGCACCUGAUCGAAAAGCAGGCCAACCCCGGCUCCUUCCAUGCCCGCACCCGGUCCAAAUCGGAGACGGUCAGCGGCAAAAGAUUCACCAAGCCACUGGGACCGAAACCUUUGCCCCUGAUCCGAGUCUUGGAAACAUGAACAGGGGAUUGGCGACUCCGUCUGGGGAGAAAUUCUGCCCGUCACAGACCUGCUGGAUGUGGGCUGCCGCCUCUCGUUGAUCGCUUCGUUUCCCCCCAAGUUCCUCGCCCCCUCCUGUGCCAAGGGAGGGUGUUGGCACGAACUGGAAGGCCUCCCCAGGCCCUAAAAAGCCGGGAAUUUUAAUCGGGUCGAGGAGGAGGAGGAGGAAGAGGAAAUGUGUGACUGUAGAAGAAAGUGGAGCGAGUGGAUAGCGGGUUACGUGAGAAACGGACAGUGCCUUUUGAACUGCCAGACCACCCACCCCAAUUUCACAGCUUGGUUCUCGUGCAAACUUAUUUUGGGGCAGAGAGGGAGAA